AUGCCCCUGUCCCUGCUCUGCUGGGUUACUGCCCUGGAGCUGCAGGUGUUUGACUUCCUGGGCUAUCAGUGGGCACCCAUCUUGGCCACCUUCGGCCACAUCAUCAUGGUUAUCCUGGGGCUCUUCAGCACCAUCCAGUGCCGGCCUCGCUACAUUGUGGUGGCCCGCCUAAGUGAAGAGCAGCCAUCCCGUUCCUGUGACCUCCAGCCUGUGACCCAUCAUGGAUGA